CCUGCGGAGACUGCAUCAUCGUUCUACAGCCGACUUCAUCCGGACCUCCAGAGACCUGCGGAGACAGCUUGGGAUAUCACCGACUACUAUGAAGAGACCCAAGGAACUCCGUUGGAAUUGUGGAACGGGAAUGUGAAGUUGGCAAGUGACAGGAAUAUUGGCCGAAUGAAGAAACUGAUCCUGAAGCGCCUCAACCCUACAACUCCUUCGAAGGAGGAAGGCGAA